GGAGGGGCCGGGGCGAGCGAGCCAGCACAUUGGCGUGAGCAGGGGGAGGGAGGGCGGGCGCGGGGGGCGCGGGCAGGGCGGGGGGUGUGUGCGCGCUCGGAGGUUUCGGGCCAGCCACCGCCGCUCGAGCUAGAAGCGCCCCAGCCCGGCAAGCUGGCUCACCCGCUGGCCACCCAGCACAGCCCGCUGGCCCCUCUCCUGCAGCCCAUCUGGCGGAGCGGCGGCGGCGGCGGCGGCGGCAGGAGAAUGGCAUCAGAACUGGCAAUGAGCAACUCCGACCUGCCCACCAGUCCCCUGGCCAUGGAAUAUGUUAAUGACUUCGAUCUGAUGAAGUUUGAAGUGAAAAAGGAACCGGUGGAGACCGACCGCAUCAUCAGCCAGUGCGGCCGUCUCAUCGCCGGGGGCUCGCUGUCCUCCACCCCCAUGAGCACGCCGUGCAGCUCAGUGCCCCCUUCCCCCAGCUUCUCGGCGCCCAGCCCGGGCUCGGGCAGUGAGCAGAAGGCGCACCUGGAAGACUACUACUGGAUGACCGGCUAUCCGCAGCAGCUGAACCCCGAGGCGCUGGGCUUCAGCCCCGAGGACGCGGUCGAGGCGCUCAUCAGCAACAGCCACCAGCUCCAGGGCGGCUUCGAUGGCUACGCGCGCGGGGCGCAGCAGCUGGCCGCGGCGGCCGGGGCCGGAGCCGGUGCCUCCCUGGGCGGCAGCGGCGAGGAGAUGGGCCCCGCCGCCGCCGUGGUGUCCGCCGUGAUCGCUGCGGCCGCUGCGCAGAGCGGCGCCGGCCCGCACUACCACCACCACCACCACCACGCCGCCGGCCACCACCACCACCCGACGGCCGGCGCGCCCGGCGCCGCGGGCAGCGCAUCCGCCUCGGCUGGCGGCACGGGCGGCGCGGGCGGCGGUGGCCCGGCCAGCGCCGGGGGUGGCGGCGGCGGCGGCGGUGGCGGCGGGGGCGCGGCGGGGGCGGGGGGCGCCCUGCACCCGCACCACGCUGCCGGCGGCCUGCACUUCGACGACCGCUUCUCAGACGAGCAGCUGGUGACCAUGUCCGUGCGCGAGCUGAACCGGCAGCUGCGCGGGGUCAGCAAGGAGGAGGUGAUCCGGCUGAAGCAGAAGAGGCGGACCCUGAAAAACCGCGGCUAUGCCCAGUCCUGCCGCUUCAAGAGGGUGCAGCAGAGACACGUCCUGGAGUCCGAGAAGAACCAGCUGCUGCAGCAAGUCGACCACCUCAAGCAGGAGAUCUCCAGGCUGGUGCGCGAGAGGGACGCGUACAAGGAGAAAUACGAGAAGUUGGUGAGCAGCGGCUUCCGAGAAAACGGCUCCAGCAGCGACAACCCGUCCUCUCCCGAGUUUUUCAUGUACCCAAGGGAGUCCUCUACAUCAGUGAUGUGAAAAGUCCAGUUGCCUGAAGUCAAAGAGAUGCUGCAAGAUGACCCACAUUGGCACCAGGCUUCGGAGAGACAACAGGGAACAACAAGGGAUCACUUUCAGAGGAGUGCCAAUCUGAAAGAGAGGUGUCCACACUGGGGACAUGGCCAGUGUAAUCAAAGCUGCACUUCCCUGGCCAUGCCAAGGGCCAGGCAGAGAAUCAACUAAGUUGAGUCCUUGCUGAAGCCACCCAAGUUCCUCCCUUGAAGUUGACAUUAAUGACCUGCAGUUGUUGAGUGUCUUAGAGCUCCAACAUGCUUUAAAAAAAAAAUCUUGAACUUUCUUAAAAAUGCAGAAGGCUACCUUGCAGAGUGGGGCAGCCUCAGCCUGAGGUGGGACUGACGACGCUCACUGUUCUGGCCUUGACUGAGUUUACCCAGCCAGAAGGGGGAGAGUCUCUGCAACACCGACCACACAGGAGCAGAUGCCCCCUGGAGAGGUGUGCACCAGGCCUGACCCACCGUGACUGGCCAGUAGACGACAGACUUCUUCAGCUGUCCUGGCUACUCAGCGUCAACCUGUGAAACAGCUGGCAGCAGCCACCAUCGCCCCAGCUGGGUGUGCUUUGCAUGUAUUAGUGUUUUUAUUCUUUGAAACUUCCUUCCAAAGUGAGUGAUACUGUUCUUGUUUUGCAGAUGAUAAAACUAGGCCAAGACGGUGUGAAGGCAGAGGGGUGUAAUUAUUUCUUUUCUAAAUAAUGACACAUGCUCGUGGACAUCCCACCCUCCUGGAGUGCAUACUAGUAACUGGUUUCUGAACAUUCUUAUCCCAAGAGGCUUCAGGGGUGUAGACACGAAAGUGUGAGAUUCGGAGCCCUCAGACUCUCGGAUCUAGACCUGCCUGUUCUGUCUUGCCCCAGCCCACCUUUGAGGAGCUGCCCUCCAGGGGAGUACCCAGCACCCCAGGGCCUGAUGGGGGGGCUGGGGUAUCUGACGGGCAUUGCUUCCUGAGGGGGAUGUAGGGAAGUCCCAAGACAGAAAGGGACUUUGCACCAUGGAGCCGUUAAAAUGAAACAACCUUUUCCAGAACGAUAUAGGACUCUCCAUUGACAAGGCCAUCCAGGUAGCCGAGGACCAAUUAAUGGUCGCAGGAGACAUCAUGCUGGAAUCCUGUCCUGCAGAAUUGUCUGAUGAUGCAUCUGUAAACCCAGAGAUUCAAGAUCAACCACCAACGUGUUCCCUCACACACACACACACACACACACACGGGUGGUUUUACCUUGCUAUGUCUUAAGUUCCUUUUCUCUCUGAGUCUGAGAUAUGAGUAAUUCAUUACACAAUUGGAUUUUACGGUUUGUUUAUGUUGAUUCCGAUUACAGAAUAAAUGACUACCUGGAGUAUAUAGAAAAAAAAAACUAAUGAAAAAACAAGCAUCAAUCAAGAACAUUUAUGAAUAAAGACUUUAAACAUCCAUACUUAGAAAUAUAUAUGAUAUUUAGAAAUAGAUCUGAAAAGACUUAUGUAAUGUGUUUUAAUCAAAUCUUGAAGAGAAAUUGACCAAUAAAUCAAAUCUUGAAAAGAAAUUGACCAAUAAAUCAAAUUUGGAAAGAAAGUGACAGAUAAAUCAAGUCUAAAAAAGAAAACAACCACUACAUCAAACCGUGAUAUGUUUAUUAAAGCAACUGAUCUCA